UGAUGUAUUGACGCAGGGGGUAUCGACGCUUUCUCCAAGUUACUUCCACCGCUCAUUGAGACUCAACUGUCUGUCGCUUGAGCUCCAUUGUCAGAGCUUUCACGUGGAUUUAGAUUCUGAGUCAGUAAAGGAACUGCUUUCUUGGUGGACUCUGGUGGACACUGCGCCGCUUUCGUAGUCACUGGCCAACGUGAAGCGCUUUUCUUAGCAAAAGAAUCGUGGAAGAGCUUCCACCAAUAGCGGUAUUCGACACCGGCUUAUAACUGCUGCUUUCGUCGAUUUGACGGGGGAGGGGCCGUAGGCUCAUGUCUCUGCUUUCGUCAUUUUCAUCGAAGAGGUACCGUUAGUUAAACACUAGGCACGUCCGCUGCUAGGCUGAAGAUUUCGGACCGGCAUGACAACGACGACCAUGGAAACAGAAACUAGUACUACCAAUAAGGAAAAUGGCUUUCUCGAGGCUGAAGCCGCCAUCCCAGGGGACUCAGCGCCUUCAGAAGAGCCUGAAGAGGUCAAGGUCCUCCGAGCCGAGUUGAAGCUCCUAAAAGAAGGCCUGGCGCGCGCGAAGGAGCGAGAAGGAGCCGCGCUGCACCAGCUGCGGGAAGUCGCAGCCGCCGCGAACGCCAAGCUGGCAGCGGCGAACGCUGAGGUGGCGUCCGUGCGUGCUGAGCUGGCGGCCGCGAACGCCAGGUCGAAAGCGGCGCGCCGGGAGAAAGAAGCGGCAAUGAUGGCGUCAGAUAGAAGAAUAGAUGCUCUGCAAAGGGAGUUAGCAAUGCUGAUGGAGGAAAGAGAGGAGGCAGCAGAAGUGGCAGUGGCGGGAAGGGAGAGCUUAGAGAGAGCGGAGGAGUAUCUUAAAGCCCUGGAUAUUGCAAAAGUGGAGGUUAAAAAGCUGAGGCUUGAGCGUGAUAUUCUAAUGGAGAAGAAUCGGCUGCUGGAGGAUGAGAAGAUUAAAAGGACGACGUCUUGGGUCAUCCCUAGCUGUUUGUUGAACUCUUGAUAUUUAUACGGUACUAGUGUUUGUCUCUGACUUAUUUAGUGUGUCGCGUCCUCUAUGGUUCCACCAAUUCCUGAUCCUGGCCCCUAAGAGAGGAGUGCCAGGAAUGUCCCUCAACGCAUAAACAAGACAGUCUGUU